UCUGCCUAUGAAAAGAUUAAUACAACAACACUCUGGUCGGCUCAAAGUUUUCACACCUUCUCCUCUGAGGCUGAUCACUAACAGGACACAUUUCAGGCUGUCCAGUGUAGGAUGUUCAGGUAGAAAAGCUGCUGACUGGAUCAACAGAGGCUGAACACUGAGGAGACAUGGAAGCUGUGGUUGGACUGUUGCUGAUGCUACUAGGAGUCUCUCAUGGUGUGGAAACCUACUGUGAUGGCCGACAGGAUGGAGCUCAGUGUUAUGGAGCUUUGGGAGGAACUGUGGUCCUCUGGCUGAUGGACAACGCCUCAGAAAUAUUUAGAUACCAAUGGUCAAAAACCCCAACAAUCAAAGAAAAUACAACAACAACAACAACAAUACUCCAAUGGAUUAAUUAUAAGAUGGUGUCUAAUACAAUAGAAAACAGAUCCUUCUUUACUCCCAGUAAUGGAACAUUUAGGAUCAACAACCUGAGCUGGACUGAUGAAGGUGAAUAUAAACUUGAAAUCUUUGAUUCAAAUGGAGUGUCAUCAAAGAAUCGGACUCUACAGUUGACCAUCCAAGCUCCUGUGUCCUCUGUCCUGCUGGUCUCUGAGUGUCUGUCCCAGGGAGAGAUGAGGGUGUCCUGCUCCUCUGGGGGAGGGGACAGUCCUCAGUACAGCUGGACUCUGGAUGGACGCACACUGACAGACGCUGAGCUCCUCUCUGGAAAUACUGAGACUAACAGCAUCACUCUGAAACAAAAGGUCUCAGGACGACUGGUCUGCUCAGUCAGGAAUCAAGUCAGUAAUGUCUCAGAAGAAAAGACGAUAUCUACAUGUGGCUUCAUAUUCAUUAACUGCACCUUAACCAACGGGACGCAAAUAUCACAGUGGGUGUUUGCAGCCAAUAAUACCCUGUGUCAGCCAACAACUACUCCUGCCACGACUGCAGACCCUUCCACUGUGGGUAAGAGGAGUGACAUCACAGUGUCAAUUAACCCCUGCACUAAUAACACAUCCUCCAAUCCAAAUGUGACCAGAGAUGCCCUAUGGUACAUUAGGUACUUGCCGAUAAUGGCCGGUGUACUGUCUGCGUUGGUAAUUCUGUUAGUGGUCGGGGUGGCUGUUGUCUGUGCUCAGAAGAAAAAGCAACACAACAAACCUAAAGAAGAAGAAGACGACCAAGAACUAACCUAUGCUGAUGUCAGGUUCACGCAGCGGCCGGGGAAGCAGAUGCAGCGAAAGUCGGAGGUGGAGGUGGAGGUGGAGUACGGCCAGGUCAAGUUCUCUGAGCGACCUCAGCAGACUGUUGAACCAGCAGGAGAUGAAUGUGUGUACGCCAGGGUCCGUAAAGACAGGUGAUUCACGGCGUUUAGUGUUUUUUUUACAAAGACUGCACCACUGAAGACAGAGAGAGGACGUGUUUGUGAAGAUGCCCAAAGCUCUUUUACCUUCAUUUGAUGUGAUGUUCAAAAUGACAAAAUAUAGAUACAGUAUUAUUAUUCACCACUUUGACUUCUGGGAUGAGUGAGCUUCAAAGUAUCAUCAUCAUCAUUCGAAUCUUAAUUUCCAUAAUUUUUACACUCUCUCUUUGCAUUUGCAUUAUGUUCUACUUCUCUGUUUUUACUCGUUUUUAAUUUAUGAGCAUAUUUACUUUUAUUUCAUUGUUAAAACUGUGCUGUACAUUUGCCAAAGGCUAAAUUUUGAAGAAUAAUGUUAAUUGAUUGUAUUACUCCACAAUAAUUGGCAGACGUGGACACUCUGAAGUGCUCUGACAAGCUGUCAUCUGUACAUUUAUGUUCUGUGUUUUAACUUCAUAUCAAAGGGAUAAAGAUAAAGUAGGUCUUUACUUAGAUUAAUAUAUAUAUUAAACAGACUUGGAUGGAUUAGUUGAGGUUCAGAGUUUCUCAAAUACAGUAGUAAGCUCCUGUGUUGGUAGUGUAGAGAUUUCUUAAAUGUUUUAUGCGGUGUGGGAGUUAAUCUCACAUUGACUGCGUUAUCUUCCUUUGGGUCUGUUGCCAUACAGUCUGAUAAGUUUGUAGAGAGGUGUCUUGUGUCUCAGGAAGUUCGCAGUAACAGUAACCACGUAUUUGUUUCCAUCGUGUAAACACUUCUGCUUUUUCUUAGGCAUGUGCUUUCAUUCUUUCAAAAUUGGUUUAUCAGUUGCAACGGGUGAUUUUAAGACCUUACAUCAACCCUGUGUCAGUUAAUGGUGAAAUAUCCCUGUAAUGUAAGAAUAAUUAUGGCUUGUGUACUUUUAUUCAUACUCUGAGAUAAAAGGGGGGGGGGGAUUUGUCUAUUUUAGUAGAUGCAGUCAUAGAUAAUACACAGUCUAAGCAAAUUAUAUCUCAGGAUUGCCUGCAACAGUAGGCUACAAUGCAGGUUGCUUAGUGUUUCUUAAUACAGUGAGUUAGCAGUAAAAGGAGGAACACCUUCUAAAGGAGGCUGUUUUUCUAUUUUUCUCCUUUACUGAAACAAGAGGGGACAAAAUGUAGUGUGAGAAAAUUAACUACGUGUCGGAUUCUGAUUCAGUUUAUCUUUUAGCAACAUCAGCUUUUUUCUAUAUUUAGUUUGACACGUUUCCUGUCUUAGUCGCUUCCAGUUUUAAAGGUUUCACAACUGAAAUAUAGAUACCUGUAGUAAAACCUUAAACAUUGUGAUGUUUAAUACUUGUAAUAAUUCAGAAUUUGAGUAAUUUUAGGGCUCUGACUUUCAAGUCUGGAGAAUAAACUAUUCUACAUUGUGGAUAUCUAUGCUCCCAGUUUGUGAGUAGAACGCAUUGCUGACUUGUAAUGUUUCAUUAUCUAAUGUUAACCAGUUAGUCAACUAUCAAAAAGGUUUAUAAUUAAAAAAACAUUUUAUGUCUGGAAUUAAAUUGAAGUACAUGCAAACUAGGACCAAAACAGACAAUAAUGCACAAGAAAAUGUAAGUUCUUAGGUAUUGGGUCUGACCCUACUCUGACUUGGAAAUGAUCAGUGUAUUCUGACCACAGACAUCAUACAGUGUCCAUCAUAUUCCUGUAAGAUGCUCUAUUAACUAAUCUAAAUAUCCCUGACACUUUGGUUUUCCUACCUCUUCUCAAAGACCCAAUCUUUUCUAACCAUUGUACAGCUGACAUGCUCCAGCCUAGAGGAGUAAGUGCUCGACUGCACAAGACGUAAUAAUAAACGGCGAAGGGAGAAACAUAUAGUUCAAUACUGGAAGGCAUCGGCUAGAAUAAGGUUUCUUGGAUUAAGUUAAUGUUUGUUUAAAUCUUUGCUUUUCUGAGUUGACUUCAUAACUCUUAGACAGUGGAUAAUUUGCAAAGCAACCUUUAAUGGAUAUUUUGGAGUAAUAACUUUUCAUAUUAUCAAAGCUGCUCUUGCAUCUGCUACAGUCUUUUGGUACGGACUGGGUCAGGAAGUGAAAUGUCAAACCUUUGAUCCUCAGGAAGAGCACCCUUCUUGUCUCAGCUCAGAAUCUCCCUCUGAAACCCUUCAGGACCCAGCCUAAUUUAAUGCUGAAGUAGCCUGACACAGUUUAUUUUACUGUUGCUUGAGUUACAUUUUUUUUUAAUCUUUUUCCUAAAAAAAUCAUCUAUUGUCAUUAUAUGUAAGUUUUGGUUUUAUAGGUAAAACCAUGUGAGUUGUUUAUGUGCUGUGUAUUUAAUCAAAGACAGAGGUUACAUGAUUGGUUUGGUUUGACAUCUUGAGGUUAAAGAUCCACCACUUCUAUUCAGCUGAUUCACAGCUAUAAAUAUGUGUUUAUGGUUCAUGAUAGUUGUAAAACAAACAGCCGUUUUGUUAGCUGAACCCUCUUGUUGAAACACAGUUGAACUUCUGACUGACAUAAUCUACUGAGCAAAUAAUUAACAACAAAGGAGAAGUGUAAUAAAACUGCUCCAACAAUGCAGUAUCCUUUUUGCCAUUUGAUCAGUCAGCCAAUACUACUUUGUUCAAUUUAAUAAUUGUAUAAGUAUUAAAUUGCUUAGUAUUGUUGCAGCUACUAUGUGUGUGACAUAGGGAAUCAUGUUGCACCUUAGCUCUUGACAGGUUUGGUUGAACCACAAUUAAACCUUUAUUUUUUUCCUCAUAAACAACAGGUGAUAUUGUCAGUCUGUCAUGUGAUGUUAUCCUGCCAUGCCAAAUGUAAUUAUUUAUAAAACCAAGAUCGGUGCCAAUUCUUCAAUCCUGGGCACGUCAGUUUUUGACUGAAGAUAUAAUUUUGUAAUUAUUAAAGUAAAGUUUGAUUAUUCAGUAUGUGUACAGUACAGCUGUUGACUGUGGGACAGUGAAUGUAAUGCAGUGUUGGGAGAUAUAAGGGAUUCUGUGAAAAGCUCAUCCUGUAAUGUGGCCUUUAUUGUUGUAUGAUUCAAUAACAAAUUACGGUACAAACAGAGGUCAUUAAAUUCAUGUUUUACAGUAAUUAAGUAAUUUUGUGGGCUGGUAAAGCUUUAGACCAUUGGUACACUUCCUCAUUGGCGGCAUGAACUUAUGAAGAAACUUUUCUCUGUGGUAAUGCUAUGGGAAAGCAGUAGACAGACCCACAGCUUGUGACUGUGCUCAAUGCUAAUGAA